AUGGAGACAUUACCGAGGCCAGACAUCAUCCUGAGAGACGAAAAACGCAAGACAGUGACAAAAGCACAUAUGGCUAUUGCCGUCGAGGACUACAAGAAGAACUCGCUUGGUACAGUCCGCAUUGACAAAGAAGAGAAGUACCAAGCAUUCAAGACACACUAUGGAAAGCGUGAGUAUCGGGAGACAGUGCUGGCACUAGUCUAUGGAUCCUCAGCGGUCAUUGCACAAGAGAAGCAAAAGCUGCUUUCACAGGAGCAACGCAUCAGCGAAAAUUAG